GACAAAUAAAUAUUACCUAUAGUCUUACUUUCUUAUACUUAAUUUUAAUGAGUACUGAUUUCCACACUAUUCACACAUCCUAUUUUUUUUCCCCAGAAGUAACAUGUAAUCCUCCUUAUAUUCCAAAUGGUGUUUACUCACCUCAAAGGAUUAAGCACAGAACUGGAGAUGAAAUCAGAUAUGAAUGUAAAAGUGGUUUUUAUCCUGCAACCAGGGGAAAUACUGCAAAAUGUACAAGUAGUGUCUGGAUACCUCCUCCAAGAUGUAGCUUGAAACCUUGUGAUUUUCCAGAGAUAAAACAUGGUCGUCUAUACUAUGAAGAAAGAUAUAGACCAUACUUUCCAGUACCUAUAGGACAACGAUAUACCUAUGAAUGUGAUAACAAUUUUGUGUCUCCUUCAAAAUCAUACUGGGGUUACAUUUAUUGCACAAAAGAAGGGUGGCUGCCAGAAGUACCAUGCAUCAGACAAUGCAUUUUCAAUUAUGUGGAAUAUGGAUAUUACUCACGUGAAACAAGACAUUCACUGCAUGAGUCUGUUAAAGUUGAUUGUUAUCCUGGCUAUAGUCUUUCAAAUGGUCAAAACACAGUUACAUGUACAGAGAAUGGCUGGUCCCCUCCUCUCAAAUGCAUUCGGAUUAAAACAUGUUCAAAAAAUGAUAUAGAAAUUAAGAAUGGGUUUCUUUCUGAAUCUGACUUUAUAUAUAAUCUAAAUAAAGUAACACAAUAUAAGUGCAAACCAGGCUAUGUAACUGAAGAUGGUAACACAUCGGGAUCAAUUACCUGCCUCCAAGAUGGAUGGUCAGCUCAACCUCAUAAUAUAAAAUCUUGUGAUAUGCCAGCAUUUGAGAAUGCUAAAACCAAAAGUAACGCCACGUUGUUUAAACUCAAUGACAAGUUGGACUAUGAAUGUAAUGUUGGGUUUGAAAACAGAUUCAAGCGUGCCAAAGGAUCCAUAGUAUGUCAGGACAAUGGAUGGUCACAUAUACCCACAUGUUAUGAAAGGGAAUGCAGGAUUCCCAAAAUGGGAAAAUUCUUAAUGGCUGAUCCCAAGAAAGAUAAAUAUAAAGUUGGAGAUUUGUUGAAAUUUUCCUGCCGAUCAGGACUUACAAGAGUUGGACCAGAUUCAGUACAAUGCUACCAUUUUGGAUGGUCCCCGGAUAUCCCAAUAUGUAAAGAUCAAGUACAGUCAUGUGGUCCACCUCCUCCACUAUUCAAUGGGGAAGUUAAAGAAACAAAGAAAGAAGAAUAUGGACACAAUGUAGUAGUAGAAUAUAAUUGCAAUCCUAGAUUUUUGAUGAAGGGACCUAAUAAAAUUCAAUGUGUUGAUGGAACGUGGACAACCUUGCCAAAAUGUAUUGAGGAGGAGAGAACAUGUGGAGCUAUACCUGAACUUGACCAUGGCUUUGCCCAGCCUUCUGACCCUCCUUAUCACCAUGGGGAUUCAGUGGAGUUCAAUUGUACAGAAACCUUUACAAUGAUUGGAGACAGAUCAAUUACAUGUAUUAGUGGAAUGUGGACCCAACUUCCUCUGUGUGUUGCAACAGAUCAACUUGAGAAGUGUCAAGCACCAAGACUAACUGCAAAUGAAGCAAAUCAAUCAGAUAAAAAUGAAUAUAAUCAUAAUUUUAACUUCAGUUACCCAUGUAGGGGAAAGUUGGAGCAGAAACAUUCAAUCUGUGUCAAUGGACGAUGGGACCCUGAACCAACCUGCACAAAAGUGGAGAUAAACUUCUGCCCACCUCCACCUCAGAUUCCCAAUGCUGAAGAUAUGAAAACCACAGUGAAAUAUCAGGAUGGAGAAAAAGUAUCUGUUCUUUGCAAAGAAAAUUAUCUGAUUAAGGAAGCCGAAGAAAUUGUGUGCAAAAAUGGAAGAUGGCAGUCAAUACCACGCUGUGUUGAAAAACUUUCAUGUUCUCAACCACCUGACAUAGACCAUGGAAGAAUUAGUCCAUCUAGAUCUUCAGAAGAAAGGAAAGAAGCAAUUGAAUCCAGACAGUAUGCACAUGGCACUAAACUGAAUUAUAGUUGUGAAGAUGGUUUCACAACCUCUGAGGAAGAUGAGAUAACAUGCUACAUGGGCAAAUGGAGUCCUCCACCUCAGUGUGUAGGACUUCCUUGUGAACCUCCACCUUCCAUUCCUAAUGGUGUUGUGUCUCAUGAGUUAGACAGUUACCCAUAUGGACAAGAAGUUAUUUACAAUUGUUCUGAAGAUUUUGGGAUUGAUGGACCUGCAUUUAUAAAAUGUUUAGGAGGAAAAUGGUCUUCCCCACCAGAAUGCAUAAGAACAGAUUGUUUUAAUUUACCCAACUUUGAUGAUGCCACGCUUUUAGGAGAAAGGAAAGAAUCAUAUAAGUCAGGAGAUCAAGUGACUUACAGAUGUCCAGAAUUUUACCAAGUGGAAGGGUCCAAUACUAUAACAUGUAUUAAUGGCAAAUGGAUAGGAAAGCCAAUGUGCAAAGAUAUUUCCUGUGUGAAUCCACCCAAAGUGGAAAAUGCUAAUAUAAUAUCAAACCAGAUGCUUAAGUAUCCAUCUGGUGAGAGAGUAAGUUAUGAAUGUAUCAAACCUUUUGAAAUAUUUGGGGAAGUAGAAGUGAUGUGUCUAAAUGGAACUUGGACAGAGCCACCUCAGUGCAAAGAUAUUUUUCCAAAUUCCACAGGAAAAUGUGGGCCUCCUUCACCUAUUGACAAUGGAGACCUCACUUCAUUCCCAUUACCAGUAUAUCCUACGGGCUCAUCAGUUGAAUAUCAGUGCCAAUCCUUAUAUCAACUUGAGGGUAGCAAGACAGUAAUAUGUAGAAAUGGAAAGUGGUCAAACCCGCCAAAAUGUUUAUAUGCAUGUGUAAUAUCAGAAGAAAUCAUGGAAAGAUAUCACAUAACCUUAAGAUGGAAAGAACGUCAAAAGCUUUAUUCUUCAUCAGGGGACACAGUUGAAUUUGUGUGUAAAUAUGGAUAUUCUCCAUCAACGCGAAAUCAAUCAUUUCGUACAAGGUGUAUUGAUGGUCACCUGGAAUAUCCCGCUUGUAUUAAGAGAUACUCUUAAUUUCAUUAAAAUGUGCACUUAAAUUCAGAA